AUCCAAAGGUGCCAUUUUUUUCGAGGAUACAGUGAUACACACAAAGAAGUAGGCUACAACUUUCAACCUGCUCUUGAUUGAACUUGUCAAAAGCGACCCUCGUAUCGCAUGCAAGUAUUUCACUAGUAAUGAUCCAUAGAGAGUGAAAAAAAGGGGAAUUGUUUAUAGUGGCUUGGAGCACCGCUGGGCGCUGGCCUCACGAAAUGCUCAUCACGACGCCUUCCCUUUUCGGCAGCCGCAGUGGCUUCCGAAUCUUACGAGGGCCAAUCCAAAACUAGUCAGUGUGAGUCCUUUAUCCCAAUAAUUUAGGGCCAAAGGUAAACUAUUCGGUGUCUGGAAUGGAUGGAUCGAGCUAGUGCGAUCAAGAGCAGCAGUGUGCAGCUUGCUCGUCUUCCUCAGUGUCGCUGUGCUCAGUUGCUGGCUUGCUGUGAGCUCGUGGCCACCAUGUCUCUUCCUCCCCCUCUGAUGGCGAUGCUCCUGCUCGCCGUGGCGACGGCGCCCCACGUUCUUGCCGCCGGGGAGGACGGUGGCAUCGCCGCCCACCCGGCGUACGCGGACGCCGCCGGGACCUGCGGCCCAGCCUCUGCCGCGCCGGCGGCGGCGGGGGCGCAGCGGCUGGAGGAGUACGACGGCGGGCACAUCGUGGACAUCACGCACGCGUACCGGCCGGAGCUGCCGGCGGUCGGGCCGGACGGCCUGGGCCCCGUGGUGUUCCAGACCAUGUCCCUGGCCAACGGGUCCAUCUGCAACCUGUCGGAGCUCCGCAUGGUGGUGCACGCCGGCACCCACAUCGACACGCCGGGGCACAUGAUCCAGGAGCACUUCGAGGCCGGCCUCGAUGCCGACAAGCUCGACCUCGCUGUCCUCAACGGACCUGCAUUACUGGUUGAUGUUCCGAGGAACACAAAUAUAACAGCUGAAGCAAUGGAAUUCCUGAAGAUCCCAAAAGGAGUUCGCCGAGUUCUAUUCAGGACACUGAACACUGACAGGAAGCUGAUGUGGAAGAAAGAAGGUGACCUUAAUUAUGUUGGAUUUACAGAGGAUGGUGCCCAGUGGUUGGUUGACAACACUGACAUCAAGCUAGUUGGGGUUGACUAUCUCUCAGUUGCAGCAUUUGAUCACUUGAUCUCUGCCCAUGUCGUCUUCUUCAAAAAACCGGACAUAAUCCCAGUGGAAGGUCUGAAACUAGACGAUGUCCCGGUGGGAGUAUACAAUCUCCAUUGCUUACCUCUGAGGCUGGUUGGAGCCGAGGGUUCGCCGGUCAGAUGCAUCCUUAUCAAGUGAUCGCUCCCGGGUGUUGCUGAAGGACAAACUGUAUCAAACUGCUUCAUCCUGGCUUGGUAUCUCGGUGCAUACUGAGCCGGAAAUGCUGCAGGCCAUGUAGUCGUAUACUGAAGUUGUCUGGACAUUUCCAAAAUAAAUAAAGCAACAUCAAUAUUUCCAUCGUGAUAA